AGGAUUUCAAGUUGACAUGUACCCCAGAUAUCGUCAAUUUGCAUAUUCCGAGUGGAAUAAAUGUGUUCGAGUCAUGUCAGAGCUCUUGAGUGGUUUGUUUGUUCAUUCGGGUGUGAAGUUCGUCCGAUAGUUCGUCUGAAUGUGAGCAUGGCGACUCGAGUAUAUAUAUGAGGAGUUUGAGACAGGUCUCUUUCUCCAAGCCACCCAUUUCAAAGACAUUCCUGUCUUUGCGCUUUGACUGUAGCAACUGCGCUUGUUCCUUUACUUUGCUCGUCGUUCCUAUUUUCGGUCUCGAUAUCAAGCGUGCCACCGUUACUGUGCAGCGUCUUGCCGAUUCGUCAAUCACAUCGGCUCUUGCGUUCACUCUAAUUGGUGACUACAUCUUCAACAUGGCGCCUUUCGACCCAGUGAAGGAGAUUCCUGACCUUUCAGGACAAGUGAUCCUGAUCACUGGUGGUAUGUGCCUUGCCAGCCUCAAUUGAACAUGGAGUGGUGGCGAGCUUAUCUUCACGAGUACAUGAUUAACAACUAUUCAGGCACCGCUGGUCUUGGGACUCAAGCCAUUCUACUUUUGGCAGCGCAUAAUCCUGAUAAGAUAUACUUCACUGGUCGCUCUACUACCAAGGCCAAUGAAGUGAUAUCCGAUGUCAAGACCAAAUUCCCAUCCGUCUCAGUUACUUUCAUUGAACUUGACCUUGCAUCACUAUCUUCUGUCCAGGACGGUGCCAAGAUAUUCCUCGCCGCCAAUACUAGGCUCGACAAACUCAUCUGCAAUGCAGGUGUGGCGGCUUUACCUCCGGGUCUCACCAAAGACGGAUAUGAGCUCCAAUUCGGCACAAAUCACAUGGGUCAUGCUUUGCUUGUCAAAUUACUUCUACCAACCUUGACCGAAACCACGAAACUGGCGGGUACUGAUGUCCGUGUUGUGUUUCUAUCUAGCGAAGGGUAUUCUGGACAUCCCAGCGGCGGUAUAAUCUUCAAGGACUUGAAGACGACCCAGAACUUCGCUAUCAUGGGUCCUUGGCAGAGAUAUGGUCAAUCGAAACUGGCCAACGUUCUCUACCCUGCGGAGCUCGCUCGAAGAUACAAAGACUCAGGUAUCAAAUUCUUGAGCAUCCAUCCGGGAGUGUUCAACACCAGUCUCAUCAAGGAUCUCCCUUGGGGCCAAAGAGCAUUCCUUCAUUCGGCUAAUGCAAUAAUGAUGCGCGGAAUCAAGGAUGAGACGAAGAAUGGACAAGGUGCCUGGAAUACUUGUUGGGCUGCCACAGCGACAAAAACGUCGAAUGGGAAGGAUAUUGUCAACGGAGAGUACUACUCUCCUGUAGGCGAGCCGGUCAAGAAACUCAGGGAAGGCAAUAAUGCAAAACUGGCGGGGCAGUUGUACGACUAUACGGAGAAAGAACUAGCGAGUUGGAAUUAAGCUAGUGGAUAGCCCAAGAUGGCUUGAUGGCGACAGUAGGUCUUUUGAUGGAGAGUUGUCUGGUUUUUGUACCUUGUUAGUUGUACUGCAUGUCAUCUGAGAUAUUUAUUUUGCUGUGCAUAAUCUGUUCGUAGCGGACAAACUCGGU